GCCAGCCGCACCAUGCGGGCACCCCGCACUUCGGCGCUGUUCUGCUUCGCCCUGGCCGCGCUGCUCAGCCCGCCCGUCGAGGGGUGGUACAAGCAAGCGGCCGGCCCCAGCUACUACUCGGUGGGGAGAGCGUCGGGGCUGCUGUCCGGCAUCCGCCGCUCGCCCUACAUGCGCCGCUCCGGCUCCGACGACAACGGCGCGGCCGACAGCAGUGCCGAGAGCGGACCCGCCGCGGCCGCCUUCCUGACCUCGGAGCCGCGCCAGAGCCCCGGCGGGCUGCGCAACAUGGCAGUGUGUGUGAAAGAAGUGGCCCCGGAACUACAGAGCUGCCAGCUGCUGCCCGGUGUGCCCAGCAUAAUUCAGUGCAAGGCUGAUGUCACCGUCUCGCUGGAUCCCACUGACUGCAUCAGCCCUUGAGCCCUGACUGGGAUGGCCUUCCCUAUGACUCAGAUCAGGGACCCAGGUCGGGCGAGCAGAGAGAGGCAGGAAGGCGGGCAGGCAGAAAACGGAGUUUCUCUCUAAGAAAGAAAGGCAAGCAGCCCAGGAGGGUGAUGAACCCAAUUCUCUCCCCCCACCCCACCCACUGCAUCUGAUAAU